AUGAAGAGACACAUUACUAUAUUGAAAUCUAGCAUUGCCCUGUGCAGUAUCCCUGCCACGGCUAGCUACUCCUUCUACGUGGGAUCGAACCUCACAGCCUCGGGAGCCGUCUUAGUCGGCGGCACUGGAGAGGAAGUUUCAAGUCACUGGCUGAAGAUCUACUCUGCCGCCGACCAUGCCGCAAAUGAGACCGUCACUGUUGGCGUAACAUCCGCUGCAGUCGUUCCCGGGAAAUUGACCACCAUCCCACAAGUUCGCCAUACUUUCAAAUACAUCAGUAUGGACUACAGCGACUACCUUGGGUUUCCGCCGCCGAUAUCCAAUGGAGGUGUCAAUGAGAAGGGUGUCGCGGUUCGUGAUGUGUGGGCACCCGGUCGUGCAGAGCUUCUAGACAUGACUCCCAAGCCGCAGAAAGGUCCGUCCUAUUCUGACUUGGCAAGACUUGUGAUGGAACGCGCAAGUUCUGCUCGAGAGGGAGUUCAGAUUAUUGGCGAACUUAUUGGGAAAUAUGGAUACUCGGACUAUGGUGGGAAUACCCAUCUCAUUGCUGAUAAGGAUGAGGGUUGGAUUGUAUGGGAAUUCGCCGGUGGGAAGGGCCUCUGGGCUGCUGAGAGACUUGGGCCGAAUGAUGUUCGUGUGAAUGAUCCGAACUAUAUGGCUUCGGACAAUAUUGUCUCGUUCGCAGUCAACCAAGGCUGGUGGAGCCACGAAUCUGGCAAACCAUUCAAUAUCAAGAGCAUUUACGGUUUGCAGCCAGGCCAAGAGACUCCUGCUGGCGGUGAUGCCGAGUACAUGUCGCCCGAUCGGCUCGAGAAAUUAACCAAGGCAAUGGUCCCCGUGACGGAGAAAGACCUAAUCGAACGUGUCCGCGACCCACGAAUUUCCAAUGACGAGGCCGGAUAUGGCCAGGUUGUUAGCCUACAUCCAGACACUGACCCUGAUAUGUAUCGUAUCUGGAUAGCGCCAACUAGUUCCGUCGCAGCGCCGUUUAUCCCCUGGUGGCUGGGCGCAGAGUCCAUCCCGCCAGAACUGGGGGAACAUCGCUACCUGAGCAAAGAUGCUGAAUCCACAUUCCUGAACCCAGACUACGAACUUCAAGAAGCGAGUCUAUUCGCGGGUCGAUUAUUCAAGCGCGUACUAUACUACAUGUGCUCGGCGCCGCGUACAUACCUGCCCAUUGUGAAACGGGCAUUCAUCGGUUUUGAAGACCAGUCUCGGAAAGAUAUCGAGUGGGUUGAGAAAAGUGCCAAAUUUAUGAUUGUCAAUGGAGAGAGAAAUGCUACACGGAGAUUGCUUACGCAUUAUUCGCACACUCGUGCUAAUCGGGCUCUUGAUAUGGGAAAGGCUAUGGUUAAUGCUUUGGAUAGCUAG